AUGCCACCAUUGUACUUGGCAUUUCACCGUCACCAUCACGGCGCACCUGCUCCUCUACCCACACAGUGCGUUUCCUGUGGCCAGUCAAACAGAGCCCAGCACACUACAGCGGUGAGGUCACUGAGGGUGGAGGUGAGACAGCCACCUCAGAGGGAAGCCAGCGUGUCUGCCUGCAGCUUCCAAACGGGCCAUAAAUCAUGUCUCAUCCAGGCCUCUACAGACACGCUCAGCCUACCUCCCGUACAGCAGCACGCCACUCCGCCCUCCUCCGCCCUCCUCCGCCGGCCAGUGUAG